GAAACUCAAAAGUAAAGAACCACUUGAGUGUAAAUGUUAAUUUCGUGUGUAAUGUUUCUUUAACUGGUGCGAAUGAAUACUCGUCUUCUAUUGGCUGAUGGACGCAGUGACGGAGAGCUGCAGUUUGACAUCCCUCAUUUAACCGGAGAGGAUAAAACUGGCACAAACUCACACCAUGGCAUCAGAAAAACUUUGUGUGUUCAUGAGGGCGACAUGAACAUGAGCGACAGAAAAAAACACGUUAAAACAUCUGAAAACACACGAAAGGACAGUUUGUUCUCUCUGCGGGUCAUCUUCCUGGACGACAGCGAGCAUGUUUUUCAGAUGGAGCAAAGGGUUCUGGGAAAGGAUUUCUUCAACUCAGUUUGUGGACACCUUAAACUGGUGGAAAAGGAAUACUUCGGCCUUGAGUUUCGACAUCAUUGUGGGAGUUAUGUUUGGCUGGAACUGCUUAAGCCUCUUGCAAAACAAAUUAAAAGAAGAAAUGAUCUGAUCUUCCGCUUCAUAGUGAAGUUUUUCCCUCCAGAUCCAGGAGAACUACAGAGAGAAGUGACCAGGUAUCUGUUUGCGCUGCAGAUUAAACAGGAUUUGUCCAAUGGCAGUCUGACCUGCAGUGAUAACAGUGCUGCUCUGCUGGUUUCCUAUCUUCUUCAGGCAGAGAUUGGGGACUUUAUAGAAGAGCUGGACAAGCAGCAUUUGGAAAACAAGCGGUACAUCCCAAACCAGGACGUCCUCCACAAAAAGAUCAUGCGUUUCCAUAAGAGGCACAGAGGUCAGUCUCCAGCCGAAGCGGACCAUCAGCUGCUGGAGGUGUCCCGUAAGCUAGACAUGUACGGCAUCCGGCCUCACGCCGCCACUGAUGGAGAAAACAUGAGGAUCAAUCUGGCCGUCACUCACUGUGGCGUGCUGGUUUUUCAGGGAAACACCAAAAUAAAUACGUUCAGCUGGGCCAAUGUGCGCAAACUCAGCUUCAAGAGAAAGCACUUUCUGAUAAAGCUGCACACAACUAUUGUGGCGUCCUGUAAGGACACGGUAGAGUUCACCAUGGCCAAUCGGGACGUUUGUAAAGCCUUCUGGAAGAUGUGUGUGGAGUAUCAUACCUUCUUCCGGCUUUCUCAAGAACCGAAGAGCAAGCAAAAAUCACUCCUUUACAGCAGGGGAUCUUGCUUUAGAUACAGUGGAAGAACUCAAAAGCAGCUGCUGGACUUUACAAAGAAAUCGGAGGAGAAGAUCAACUUACCAUUUAUGAGGAAGUACUGUAAAGACUACUACGACACACGGCAGUGCAGAUCCUCACCUGACCUGCUGACCGAUGUCUCCAAGCAGGCGUACGAGCAGUCGUGUGGUUUUCCUCCGCCAAGCGGAAAGCGUUGUCAAUCAGCCGUGGAAGUCCUCAACACAUCUGAAUUUCAGGAUCCUCCAUCUUCCCUUCAGCACUUCUACUCUGAAGCAACCCAAGCAAGUCCUGAUGUACAGCGGGUGCACAGGCACGACCGGAGAGCCGGGUGCAGAUGCUGCUGCGCUCCACAACACGGCCGUCUGAACAAACAAAAUCUGGUGUUUCUUUACCCAAACCACCCUCACCCUGGCCUGCACCUCCAUCCUUUCCUCCCUGUGUGUCCCAUAAACGCAGCGUUCGCUCUGGGUCAUCCCUGCGCUCCAGUCCUGCUGCCAUGCCAUUCGUUUUCACCGCCGGCAUGCUUCCCAGAUGAUGCCACGCGCUCAUAUAGCUUCUCUGGAUCUUCAUACGUCUCUCCGAGCAUUUUAAACUAUCAGCGGUACUGUUGGCCCACAGCUUUCGGCCCAAUGCCAGGGUUCUACGUAGCAGGCAGUUUCGAGGGCCACAGAGAAGAUUUGGGCCACUUUAGUGACGACUGCAGCUACCAAACUGGUCUUCCUCGGCGUUCUUAUAGCCAGUCUGAUUUGAAGACUUUAUGCCAUCCGGAUGAAUUUCGCCCGCUGGGCCACUAUCCGCAUUUGUCUCGACGGCAGGGUCUUGUGCGGCCUACAUAUUUACCCCUGCGUUCAUCAUUACCGCCUGAAGGGAGUCGGUCAGAACUGAGCCACAGCGAUUCGGAUUCAGACGCUACAUGUUCGUUUUACUGUCCAGGACUCGGCAGAUUGGUGCGGUCUGCACCUCUGGCCCGCAUGCGCAUCUCCUCCGGAAGCUUACAGCUGGAUGAAGAAGGAGAUAGUAAUGAAGACGCUGCGACAGCCAAAAGAGACAAACGCAAGUCCUGAGAUGCGACUGAGAGAUUUGGUCACAAUCACUUCAGCAUCGAUAUUGCAAUGUGAACAUCAGCAAUAGACACAUCACAGUUGAAACACUCAAUUCAGAACACACCAAGUCUGUGGAGUUCAACUAUAAUAGAGCGAAAUUUUAUCUUCUGGAUUUUUUUUAACAAUUUCAAUUUCUGGAUUUUAAGCGUUUAGAUCAGGGAUGGGGAAACUUGAUCCUCGAGGGUCGGUGUCCCUGCAGAGCUUUGCUCCAACACUAAUCAAACACAUGCCAAACGGUGUCUUUAAGAUCACCAGAAGACCACCUUGUAGGUGUCCUACAAAAUUUAGGAGCUAAACCAAGCGUCAACCUCCCGCUCUCCCUUGUGAAGCAAAUAUGAAAGUAACUGAAACUGCAGUUCUUCGAAAUUCCACUAGUCCUGGCUCCAUAUAGAGCAAAUUUCUAUC